AUGUCGUCGCUGAAUCUCAAUCCUCAAUGGCAGGGCUGGCAGACUCAUCGCCGCCAGCAGUCGCCGCCACAACAGCCCGUGUACCCACAAAACCGUUACUCGCCGGCCUCUUCCCCCAACCACUCAUACUAUGGAGAGUACGCACCUGCCCCAGGAUCCUACAUAAAAUCUUACUAUAGCGAAGAUACGCCGGUACCGAUCAUCGCAGAGCUGCCAGCGCCCUUGCCGCCAGCUCCACCCACUACGACGUCUGAGGAGCAAUUGAAGCAGGAUGAGCUACUUGCACAUAGGAUGCAACAUUUGGAAGUGGAAGGAAAUCGUCAAAGAUCGCAAAGUGCAGUAAGCCAGCAUGCCCGCCCUGCGAGCAUGAUGCCGCCCAGCACCCAAGGGUUGUCACCACUGCUACAUCAACAGCGAUCUGCGCAAUCUUUACGACUUCAUUCGAGAAGCGUCUCGUCUUUCGUCGACCGGCAACCAGUAAGUAUGGCACCAGUGGUCACCCAGCAACUUGCGACUCUGCCUCUCGUUCACCAGCGUUCCGCCCAAUCGCUACGACCCCAUUCGACAAGCUUUGGAGCUACCACUGAACCAUGGAGUCCUGGAUCAUUUGAUCCACCGCAAGAUCUAAGUAGGUUUAGCACCUUGCCCGAAGUGGUCGUGGAGCAAUAUCCUGUAUCUUACAAAGAAUCCCAGUCGCCGGCUGAGAAUCCACCAAUUCCAGUGUUACUGGGUCAACAACCCAUAAGGCGCCCAUCAGUCGCACUGGAAUCAUCAUCGUUGCCCGGAUAUCUCGAACAAUACCGCCAAGCACCGUAUCCGCCUCAGUGGAACCCACCACCCGUUGUUUCAACCCUGUACGCUCACCAGGAAAGCAAACGACCAUCCGGAUCCAGCUGGCUGGACACACCAGACUCGUAUGUCUGGCGAACAAUACGUCCCUCAGAGCAUGCGCGAACUCCCGUUCCACCUUCGUACUCGUUCAAGUUCAAAAGCACAAGUGGCAGCUUCCGCAGCCCCAAGCUUUCAUGGACGAUGACAUAUCCCGAAGAGCCCACCGACUCGAGCAAGAAAGUUUCCAAAGCACAGCAAGCUGUUUGGAGUUACGAUCUGAAGCUGGACCCUAAGACUAAUUUACGCAAGUCCGAAGUCUUAAGCUCUGGAGGUCCAAAUGCCAGAUCUAUCCUAACAACCUACGUGCAUGCGCUCAAUUACAGUUCCUUGCGUUUCAUUGGCCCAGACGGAUGCGCAUACAUGUGGGUUACGAGCACCAAUGUGUCAUCCAUCCACGGUUCCAGGUACGACACGCUGAGGCAUGCUCUCUUCGUCGCCAUGGGGAAUAUUGCCGAUCCGCUAUAUGGUAGCAUCGUUGCAGACCAUUGCUUCUGGGACGGUUAUGUUGAUGAAAGCGGAGGGUCUUUGCCUGAUGAAUCGAUUCAUGUUCGUUCGGGAACUGUGGAUCCAGCGAUGGUUGUAGCAACGUUGCAGGUGAUGAAAGAAUGGGAAAAGCAUAUGCUCAGACAAGAGAAAAGGAAGAACCCCAAGGCCUUCGCAGCAGCGGAAGAAGAAGCCAGGAGGUACGAACUCGGAGCCUCCAGCUAUUGGAAAGCUUGA